GGCAUCAUGAAGGAGGAACCGCCGACCCAGAGGACCCCACCCGCCUCGCCCACCCUGUCCUUGUCCUUGCAGCCCCCCAAGGAGGACAGCGACCCCCCAGCACUCUGGAUUUUCGGCUACGGUUCCUUAGUAUGGAGACCAGACUUCGACUACAGCAACAGUCGUGUGGGUUUCGUCCGCGGGUACAGCCGCCGUUUCUGGCAAGGGGACACCUUCCAUCGGGGCAGCGACAAGAUGCCUGGUCGGGUAGUGACCCUUUUGGAGGAUCAUGAGGGCUGCACAUGGGGUGUGGCAUACGAGGUGCGUGGGGAGCAGAUCAGUGAAGCACUUAAGUAUCUGGACGUCCGGGAAGCUGUGUUAGGGGGCUAUGACACCAAGGUGGUGACCUUCUACCCCCAGGAUGCCCCAGAGCAGCCCCUACGGGCCCUGGCCUAUGUGGCUACCCCACAGAACCCUGGUUACCUGGGGCCAGCUCCAGAGGAAGACAUCGCCACUCAGAUCCUGGCCUGUAGUGGCCGUUCUGGCCACAACCUGGAGUACUUGCUCCGUCUGGCAGACUUCAUUCGGCUGUGUGGACCCCAGGCGCAGGAUGAGCACUUGGCAGCUAUUGUGGAUGCUGUGGGUGCCCUCCUGCCCUGCUUCUGCCCUUCUGGCCAGACGUUGGCCAUGGCCUAAGCUCGAGGGACCCAGCGCCCCUCUAACCACCAGGACGGGGUACGGACCGAACCUGACUGCGGGGAAUAACUUCUGUUCUUUCUCUCCUUCACCCUCCUUCUACCGUGGACUGACUUUUGGGGAGGUUGUUACCUGAGGAGGACUUUGCUGUAGGUGCUGUUGGUAGUCUCUCUUUUCAGGUCUCCUUGUACUGAAGGAACUCCUCUUCUUAUCUCCUCUUAAUGCACCUCCUCCUAGACAAUCUCCCCUUUCCCCCCUCAUUCCUCAUCCCAUUCACUGGUACGUGACUUGAAAAUAUAUUUAUUGCACCUUGAUGGUGUGGUGGGUAUGGGCAACAAACUCAUCUAAGAAGCCCUGCUGAGCAGGGCCAGACUCAUCCUCUGGAGCAGAGGGCCUUGGAACUGCUCAGGAGCCCUUUUGGCCAAACCUCUCUCCUCUCCCCCCAUCCUUGCUGCUGCUAUCACCAGGUUACCCAGCCUGGGCCCCUUUUUGGGGGGAAGGGAAAACCCAGGGAUUUUGAAGCCCCUUCUCAUGUUGCCUAAUCACCCUUGUCCAAACUGAGCCCAAGACCUGUCUGCCAAAGUCGGACACUAAAUACAGGUGAGGUGACCCGGAGGUGAGCCAAGGAGAGAGGGGUUCCUGGGUUCACCUGCCUCACUGAGCCUGGGAGCUGUGACUGCCAUGCAGGAAGACAUACUAUCCAUGUUCUUAGAGCCAAGACUGCUGUGGACCAGCUGCUGGCAUCUGUCCGUCAGCGCGGCCUAUCUCUGUCUGUCUGUACUUGUCCAUCAGGCUCUUUCUUGUAAGGGAGAAGGGCCCUACUUGUCCGUUUGUUGGUGUCUCUAUUUCUGGGAAGCUCACUGUUGCUGACUGGUGUCUUUUCUUGUCUGUCCACUACAUAUAAAGUAGCCCAUUAUUCA